GAAGGAGAGAGUGGUGACGGCCCGGACCAGCUGUGCUGCUCCCUCCUCUCUUAUAACGCCUGUCCCCUCCCCACAGUUAAUUUCAACAUGACGGAGCCGCAGUCAGCACUUCUAUUAAGGAGACAGCUCGCAGAGCUUAAUAAGAAUCCUGUGGAAGGCUUUUCAGCAGGACUUAUAGACGAUAAUGACCUUUACAGAUGGGAAGUACUUAUAAUAGGUCCGCCAGACACAUUAUAUGAAGGUGGUGUUUUCAAGGCUCAUCUUACUUUUCCAAAAGAUUAUCCUCUAAGGCCUCCGAAAAUGAAAUUUAUUACAGAAAUCUGGCACCCUAAUGUUGAUAAAAAUGGUGAUGUAUGUAUUUCCAUUCUCCAUGAGCCUGGUGAAGAUAAAUAUGGCUAUGAAAAACCAGAGGAACGCUGGCUUCCUAUUCACACAGUGGAAACCAUAAUGAUUAGUGUAAUUUCUAUGCUAGCUGACCCCAAUGGGGACUCUCCAGCCAAUGUGGAUGCUGCGAAAGAGUGGAGAGAAGACCGGAAUGGAGAAUUUAAAAGAAAAGUUGCACGCUGUGUUAGAAAAAGCCAAGAGACUGCUUUUGAGUGACAUUUAAGUAGCAGCUCAUAGCUUCAUGAAUUCAGGGUCUCCAUUUGAGAAACAAGGCACUGUUUUUCCUGCACUCUACCCACCUUUUUUGCUGGACUUUUUAUUGUAAUUUGGCAAAUACUGGCUGGCACUGGAUUGCAAUAAAACAUGCCAGGUAUCUGACAUACCUAACAAGUGCCAACCUAUAGGUGAUUUUCACAUUUCAAAAUCCAAUGAACUGCUUUAAACUUCAGGAAGAAUUGUACAGACUUGUACAUAGCACAACAUGAUCUGGAUAAUAUAUAUAUACUAUUCAUGUACAUCCAUAAAUACACAUUGUACCAAAUAAAUACUUUUUUAGGGUAAAAAUUGUGUAGUCUAGUGGAAAUGCAAAAAGGAAAGAAGAAACAAAAUGAAGAAUAAAAGGAAGAACAGUCAUAGUUUGGCUUUUUCCGGCCUUCUUUUCAGUUUGAUAUCUCCAGCAGUGAUUUUUGUAAAAAAGCAUGUAAAAAUGUAAGCCAUUAGAUUAAAUUCUUUUAAAUUUGCUUCCAUAUCUGUUAAGGUAAUUGAAGCCUUUCCAACUUGUAUCUUCCUUCUAGUCUUAGAAUGGCCACUGACUUCACUAUGCAUACAAAGCUCAAAGUUUAUAUAUAAAUAUAUUUUUUUCUUUUAAGCUUUUAGAUUUGGCCCUUAUCUAGAGUAGUUUUUUUUAAAUACUGCACGCCCUUAUGGGGGAGCCUUUGAGACAGGGAUGCAUUCUUGUCUUCAUUUCAUGCAACACUUUAGUACACCAGUGGUAAAUAAUUUUGUAGAUGGCAUUGUAUAAUUUAUUUCCCUUAACUUGUUGGGUCACUGCAGGAAUUUAGUUACCUUUUAAAUAAUUACAUACAUAUAGCCCCUAAGGGGACAAAACUCUGGUAAUUAAACUUCUGAAGUGCCUUGUUGCCUGCUAUUUUGUGUCCUUGGAAAAAUGAACCCCACAGAUUAUAGAAAAAUGAUUUGGAAGGUGAGAAGUAUUUAGCAGGUCUGCUGUUUGUUCAGGUCAUAGUGGUUUUGCUACAAGAGCACUCAGAAACCAGCUGCUUUAAAUAAAGACUAGUGACCAUUGGUAACUGUUCUGUGCAGUCCUAUUCCUCAGAUGUCUGGUAUUAAAAUUCAGAAAAGAAAAGCAUUGAUAUUGACUUAUCACAGCAUCUUCAAAGUUUAACGUAUUGUAUUUUCUGUUGCAGACUUGUUACAUUCUUUUGCUAUCCUCAUUUCCACCUCAUUUUACCUUUUUAUCCUUCUAUUGCUGUAUUUUCCUCACCUAAUGUAAAAAAAAAAGUGAUGUAUAUUUUCAUGUAAUUUGAUUUUGAAAUUCUCCUCCUGUAGUGAGUUCUUCCAAAAUAUAUUUUUUUCCAAUAUGUGUGAUGCCUGUUUAUUGAAGUAUUUAUCGGUCUAAUUUUGUAAGUGAAGCCUAAACAAAAAAAAAGGUAUGGAUCUCUCUGAAAACAAUCUUGAUGCCCUCCUUUCCAGACUGAAUUGGCUAUUCCAGAAAUCCCUGUUGAAAUCCCCCUUUUUAAUUUGAUAAGUACUAAUGUCUGUUUUGAACAUCAACCUUAUUUUGCUUAACACAGUUAAGGUGUGUACACCUUUUAAACAUGCCACUGGUGAUUCUAAACAAACAAUAAAAUUGCAUUUCAUAAA